UGCGCAUGUGUGUUGCCGGCCUGCUUGUGCUUACUGUAAACAGAAAAUUUUAAGACGAUGGAUAUGCAAACAGUCCCUUCAGAUUUCAUUGAUGGACCUGACAGCGAAGAAAAUGAAGACACAGAGGAAGUGUGGGGAAGAAUGUUUCCUCUUGGAUCAAGUUUUGUUGCAGUCGAUUUAACAAAAGAGGAAUACUGCUUUGGACGUGGAGAGAACUGUGAUAUUCCAUUUAACACAGCAACUGCUAAGAAACACCAGUGUUUCCAGGCCUACAGUAAAGUUCAUUUUAAACUGAUUCGGAAAAAUACCAGUACUGGUGUUCAUGUGUUCUUGGAAGAUUCAAGCAGUAACGGUACUUUUGUGAAUGGAGAAAAAGUUGGUAAAGGGAACAAGCAGGUUUUAUCCAACAAUGAUGAAAUAGCAUUGGCAUUGAAAAACAAUAAAGCAUUCAUGUAUCUUGAUCUGAGUAUAGAUGAAGAAGCCGGACUUCCUGAUCAAAUUAAAGAAAAAUAUACAUUAACAAAAACACUAGGCAGGGGUGCAUGUGGAGAAGUCAAGUUAGCAUUUAAAAAGGGAACAUGUGAAAAGUUUGCAGUAAAAAUUAUAUCAAAGAAAAAAUUUUCCAUAGGUGGCAAACACCAAGUUAAUCUGAGUAAUCAAGUUAUGACAGAGGUGAAAAUACUGAAAGCAUUACGACAUCCAUGUAUAAUUGGUAUAGAAGAUGUAAUAGACCUGCCAGAUGUAUUAUAUAUAGUUUUAGAAUUAGUAGAAGGUGGUGAAUUAUUUGAUAAAGUUGUUAGUAUAGGACAGUAUGAUGAACCUACGGCUAAAUUAUUAUUUUAUCAGAUUAUUUGUGCUGUAAAGUAUCUACAUGAUCAAGGAAUAACCCAUAGAGAUUUAAAGCCAGAGAACAUAUUACUAGCGACAGAUGCAAAUGAAACAUUGAUCAAGGUUACAGAUUUUGGUUUAUCAAAGUUUGUUGAUGCAGGGUCUAUCAUGAAGACAUUUUGUGGAACACCUACAUAUUUAGCUCCAGAAAUUCUUAUCACAGCAGGAAGUGGACAGUAUACAAAAGCUAUAGACUGUUGGAGCUUAGGAGUUAUAUUAUUUAUAUGUUUAUCAGGGUACCCUCCAUUUUCUGAUGAAAGAAAAGACAUGGAACUACCAAAACAAAUUCUUGGUGGACACUUCACAUUCCCAAAACAGUACUGGAGCAAUAUAUCAGAAGAUGCAAUUGAUUUAAUCAAGAAACUAAUGACUGUAGAUGUCAAGAAAAGAAUUGUCUUAAGUGAUGCAAUAAGUCACCCAUGGUUCAAAGAUGAAGAGAUGAUGAGUAAAGCAAGAGAUUUAAUGUAUCCAGAUUCUGAUGGGAUGAUUCCUCCUAUUGGCACUCCUGGUCAGAAAAAGCGUGGUCUAGAGGAAGCAGAAGUCCCUUGCCCCAAAAGAACAAUAUCCACAGAGACAAUCACACCUCCAGAAACGCCUACUCCAUGAACAACCAAUGAAAUCAUCAAAUAGUGUCGACAGUCAUCAUUCACUAUGAAAUGAUGACAUAGAUGCAGAAAAUAAUGUCCACUCAUUUUAGUUCAGUUUGAUAUUCGGUCGGACCAAGAUACUGAACAUGAGACCACUUAGUAGACUGUACUUAUAAAUGUUAUGUUUCUUUUUAAAUAUUUCAUUGGAGACAACCUCCCAUGAACACAUAAUUAUAACAUUAUGUGCUAUUCAAAAUCCUCUCCCCAAUUUAAGUCGACGUCUUAAUCCAAAGUAGAAAAGCUUGAUAGACCACCAAUGCUUACUUCACGUCCCUAGGGCCGUUCCAUAAAAGCAUACAUAUGACCUAGGGAAGGCACUUACAAGUCUCAGUUAUGGAUGGGUGUUAAAGACAUUGAAAAUGGAAAACAAAUCCUAAAUUUGCCUCAGUGGAUGGUAACCACAUUUUCAGUGCCUUCCCUGACUAAAGAUGUAUGAUUUAAUGGAACACCUAUGAAUAAUGGAUAUUUAAAUUGUCAUUUAAAGUGUGGCAGCAUAUUUUAAUUUGUUUGUUUUGAGUUUGGGUUUUUUUUCAAACUGAGAUUUAUUCAGUCCUUAGUGAUCUGAGUAUUUUUCAAGUGCCCACUCAGACAUGUCAAUUCAAACGGAACAGUAUGAUGAACUUUCUGCCUUUUAAAAUGGCCCAUCUUUGAAUUUUCUUGAGCACUUUUGGGGAGGGUGGGGUGUUCACUGUGGAAUUCAGUAUAAUUUGUGUGAUUGAUUAAAAUUGAAUUAUAUUUCUCAGGACAUACUUAUCUUUCACUUGCACUGUUAGGCUAUAUAUUUCUGAUAUUUGAUUUUAUCUUCUCUUUUAUCAUGUUUAUGAAGAUUGAAUGUUUAUUCACUAAAAUGCUAAAAGACUUUUGUAGUUUUGGUCAUUUUGGUCCAAGAAACUUUUUUUGAAUGCUGUUAUUACAGGAAUUCAUUUUUAUAUCCUGUAUCAUUAUUAUUUAGUAUCGAUCUAUAUUACAUGUACUUGUUAAUGAUUACAAAGUUUAGAUAUCAAAUAGUAAAAUUGUUGUUUCAAUGUAAUGAGUUACUCCUUUUAAUUUGUUAGAAGGGAAUUUUUACUACAACCUGUAUAUUGCCAUGUUUUUAAUUGUUUGUUUAAGGCAGCUUUUUUUGUUUGAAGCAGAGUUGUCUAGUUUGUAAAUCCAAGUAGUAGAUAGAAAUUGCUUACUUUUUAUAAAAGUUUGUGAUAGCGAUUGGCCCAAUGACACAAUUAUAGCCCUUUGAUUUUCUUUGUCUACAAAUACAGUCCCUAGUGUGGACAGUGUAUUACUUUCAAACAUUUUUCAUACACCUUCCUAAAUUGAUUUCUUCAUGUUUUAUGCCUCAAAUAGCAUGUAAGGGGUUGUAAUUACACUUAAGAAAUUUGGGAUAUGUAUUUUAAAGUAAAGAAGUGAUUUGUUCCAUUUGAAAAAGGUCAAAAAUUAGUAUAUGAGAAGUUGUUAAAUUAAAUUCAAGACCCCCGAACAUAAAAUUGUUCAUAUUUUGAGUUAGAGCUGAUGAGGUUUUCUAUAAUUGUGUUAUAAUUUGUCUCGAAAAGUAAUACACCAGACUGAAAAUAUUAUUGAGAAAGCGCAGGUGCUGUUUUUUUUAUAUUAAUUGUGUUAUCGGGCCUAUUAUAGUUGAUUUUUAAUGUUUGUUACAAUUUAGUAAAGAUAUUA